CGCGCCGGCCGUACCAACACCCUCGCGAAGUGCCGCGCCAUCACCUACACACCAUACCACACAGCAUCUCGAAACCUCCUUCUCCUCAUCCUCCUUCUUCUUCACCUGAAUUGAUUGGAUUGGAUUGAUCACUACUACAACCAUGGACUUCUCCGACUCCACGACGCAAUACACAGCCGGCCUCUCCCUUCUCGCCCUGACAGCCGGCUUCCUCCUCUUCCAACCCACGGGUUUCGUAAAAUGGUUACAAAAGAAAAACUACCAAUACGAAGUCACUUUUUCCCUCUACAUGCUCACUCCGACCGAGAAAUUCGUCUUUAAUUCCAUCCUCUUCCUAACCUUCUCUCUCCUCCUCAUCGCCAGCGUCAUCUACCUCCCGAAUCACAUCAUGACCAUGUCGCGACGAACAUACUACUACUUCGCCGGCGACGCCGCUCUCAUGGCGACUUCACGAACACUAUACGGUACGGCCACGCGCGCCGCAGAUGUCGCGUCCGAGUGGGCGCAAACGGCGUAUCAGACGGCUUUUAAUCGGACGGCCGUGGAGGCCGUUGCGCAGGAGGGGGGCGCGAGUCAAGCGGCCGCUGCUGCUGCGGGGGAGAGUGUGGUGGAGACUGUGAAGCAGAUUUUACAGCAGCAGCAGCAGCAGCAACAGCCGAUUGGGGUGUAAGAGUGGAAAGGAGACGACCUUGAAGGCGGGGUGGGUUAGGGGUUUUGAACACUAGGUUGGGAUGAAUUGCCGUUUUGAGCGAGGCGUUUGGGGAUAUCGGACGGAUAUAGAGCGUGGCUCUAGGUGAACAGGAGACUAGAAUAUAUAUAUAUUGACUGUAUAUGCACAGUGUAAUACCAUGAUUUCCGCAAACUAUGUUGUGGUUCAAAGCAUUACCAAACAACAGGCAGCCCAAAGGUUGAAUCAGACGAGUACACUGCCAAUAUCGACUGCCGAGUCGUGGGACCCUUUUCUACUGAUCUCGUAGCUGAGAAUCGAAUGAUCAGCAUACAUCAACAUCAAACGCCACCGGCACUGGUCCUCAGGCAACAGUGCAGUACCUUGCUGCACAGGAGACGUGGCGAUACCAUGUAGAGGCUGGAAUGGUCUGUGCAUUUGCUGUUCUUGUUCAUCGAAUGGCAAGAUGUGCUCAAUGCGCAUUGCAUACACCGUCUGCCUCCUCACUUGAUACAUGCUAUGACCCUUCUUGGCGAAAUCCUCUCCCAUUGUCACGGGAGACGACGACGACAACGACGACGGCAAUGUCGUACGUUUGAGAAACCUGGACAGCGACAGGAUCAUCACCCGGCCUUUUUGUGAUGCUAGAACAACUAUCCCGAUCGCAGGGAUAUAACAGUGCAUGUUGAGGCGUUCAAACGCAUUCAGCCAACCGUGUUCUGCUGGAACAAGCUGCUGUAGCGCAUUGUUGAAGCCCACGGUGGGCGUUUGGUUUGAGGGCGGCUGUAGGAGGUAGACGCUUCGCACACUGGCAUGGAGGAUGGGACACGGCAGCCCUUCGCAUACGCUGCGCCGUGGGUACGCAACUCGAGGGUUGUUGUCGUACAUUGAUCGUCCGUACACGUGGUCAUCGCUCUCAUCGUCCGACGCGAAUCCCACAGUGUAGGUGCGGAAAUCGUCAGAGUCGUAAUCGCUAUAGUCGUAAUCGUCAGAAUUGUCGUCGUGGAUUUCCGGGUCAACAUCGUCGUUCUCGGCUUCCAUCAUGGUGUUAUCUGAUGCUGAGACUGCUGCAUUGUCUGGAGAGCUUGCAGCCUCCCGUGCUAGCUGUGAGCUGGUACCAGCACUGGCGAUGGACGUGGAACGCCUCUCACGACUACGCCGGCCACACCGCCUGCUCGCGGAGAACUUGGCCGCACAGCGUGGAACAUGGGACACCGUGGCCGAGAUGUCCCAAAAUGGCGGGUUGCCAUAUAAACCUGGCACUUGUUCACCUGGCAAUCGUUCACCUUUUUCUAGGCCAAGAGCGGCGUUCAUGCUGUCUUCCGGUAUGAAGGACCUCCUGUCGAGAAAGAAGAUACCCCAGCCUGCGUUGAAACGAUCGUGCGACUCCAAGUAGUUCGACACGGGGGCGAAGCGAAACGUUUGAUACGUUUGCAUAACAUCCAGGUCGAUGGCUCGACAAUUACCACCAAUGUCCGUGGUCAAUAACCACCGACCCUGAGGGUCGUCGCCCGUAUUGCAAAAAGCGACAUGGGGGAUGUUGGACGAACCAUUGAAGACUUCGAGUGUGACAUCCACGGUUCGAUCUUGGCAUGUUGAUGAAGCUGCAUCAUCGUUCGAAGUGACUUCUCUGUUAGUUUUUGACUCUCGAGCCAAGCCGAACCUGAAGAGCGAGAUCCGGUGCGUAUUGGCACUCACGGCGAUCAAUCGGGCUUCCGCAUGAAUUGCCAGACCCCAGGCCGACUGACCUACAUUAGCUUGGAAGAUGGCCUUGACUUCUUCUGCUACAGGACUCAGACUGCUGCCCACUUCCGCUCGCCUUGCCACUGCAUGCAUGACGUGUCGAACGAGCCAGACUGAAACAUCUCCGUCAUCUCUCACAGCGGCAACGACCUCUUCAUUGCCCAGUCGUUCCACAACGAUAACGUUGAUGUAAUGUGGGUGGCGCGGAUCGAGUGUCCCUCGAAGGCCAGGGCGUGAGGGCUGCGAUGGAACAAUCAGUGCAGGUGCGUGCGGGAGUGCCUGCGUAGGGUACUGUGGCACAUAGACAUAGAUGUCGGAGCCGUAGGCGACGAAGUACAGAUUCUGCUUCUGACUGAAGGCCGUCUGGGAGUGGCCUUUAGCAAUGAAUGACGAUCCGGGGCGUGGCAAUUGCACACUGACAUCCCGCCGUGGCACAUACCAGGUUGCAUCUCCAGUGUGCUGUCGGAGGGCUCUCUAGGCAAUCAUUGCCUCGCUGUCGCGUGCCGAAACGGUCUUUGUAGUUCUGAUACCCUGUCGACGCCACCAUUGCUUCUGCGAAGCCGCGUUUGCCCAUGAUGGUGCUGCGUAGAGGUGGAGCGGCUCCGCUGGUGGUUGCCGACUCUGGAUGGCGCUGGGCUGGGCUGAGCAGGGCAGGGCAGGGCAGCUGGCAGUAGAUGGCGGGCUGCCGAGGGUGAUGGAAGGUUUUUUUCCUGUAUCCAACAACGACGACGUGCUACAACUUCCAGACGUGGUGUCGUGUCUCAAGCUUAGGUAUGCCCUCGCACGCUGUGUCGCUCCGCUGUGAGCCAAUCACCGCGCGACGAAGGCGUGCUCGGACCCUGCACCUCUCCCACUUUUUCGAUCGUGCUCUUCCUGCGCUGCCGGUGUCGACUUCAUUCCUAAAGGAGAUGUUCGUCGCCAUCACCACCCGGCGGCCUACCAGCUCACGGAGGAGAGCAUCGGCCGCCAGGAAGCCCGGAUGCAUCGUCUCUCGCUGGUCGGCUGUCGGCGGUUAGCGGUCAGUGGCCAGCGGCGGUGCCCGCGUCGACAUGGCUGUUCUGCGAGACCUGGCGCACAAUAGGAACGAGGCAAGCUGUCGUUCGAGGGAGGGGAGCGGACGCAGUGCAACAUGCAACAUAAUGCUC